AUGGAGUUCCUUCUAGGUGAUGUAUCAGAUUCAGACUUUCUUAUCAAUUAUCAACUCGAGAAUCAGAUCGGACUAGGGAGUCUCCCUUUUCCUACCAUGAACAAAAGUGGAUCUGGUGUAUGUACAUUUUUCCUCACAAACUCCUGUCGGCUAAGCACUCGAUGUCCAUUCCGUCACAUCAAAGGUGAUAAGACCGUUGUCUGUAAGCACUGGCUACGUGGUCUCUGCAAGAAGGGAGACGAUUGUGACUUUUUGCAUGUCUACGACAUGACUAAGAUGCCAGAAUGCUACUUCUUUUCAAGGUUUGGUGUUUGUAUGAAUAAAGAGUGUCAAUUUCUUCAUGUCGACCCAGCUACAAAGAUACAGGAUUGUGCCUGGUACGCUCGAGGGUUUUGUCGGAAUGGUCCUGCCUGCCGCAAUCGCCACGUACGGCGCGUCGCCUGUCAGAACUUUUUAAACGGAUUUUGUUUAGAUGGUCCAGACUGCAAGCAGGCUCAUUCAUCCGGUUUGCAUUUGACCACCUUUUUGUCCCAAUACUGGACAAUUUCUUAUUUUGCAGAGGAGAGGGGCCACAAGGUCCAGUUUUGUCAUAAAUUACCACUGGAGGAGCGGCAGCGAUUGCAAGAGCAGUCAUCUCAACGCUAUCAACCGUCCUUUCCAUCUUCUAAUCAGCCGCUUCUGGGUAACACUUCUACUUUCCCCCAGGGAGCCCCUGGUAGGGGUAGUUUGGCGGUCAAUCCGAAGCACGGGGGCAUGGCGGCACAACAGAAGCCGUUGGAUGAGGUUACCUGCUACAAAUGCGGUGACAAAGGUCAUUACGCAAAUAAAUGUACCAAAGGAUACCUCGCCUUCCUCAGCAAGGGCUCCAAUGAGGCCGCCCUGGGCAUUCAACCAGGAUCCUUGUCGUGA